UUUCGGAGAUAUAUAUUCAUCGAGUACAGUGCAUCGUAUUCCCUACAAUGGAAUUUUUCUGGACUCUGGCACUGCUUUUGAUAUACAGUAUAGAUCACACAAAUGGUCGCUGUGAAAGAUCUUUAGAUUUGGAUCAUGGCCAAGUAAAUUUUCGAGCGCGAAAUGUUGUGAGGUUCCGGUGCAAUCGCGGUUAUUCGCUGCAGGGAGUGCUAAUGAAAACCUGCGAUCGAAGUGGUCGCCUUCGGGGGGAAAAACCCUUCUGUGCCAGAAGGGGCUGCGAGGAGCACGACGUGCCUGAGAAUGGACAGAUUGAAAGAAACUCCCUGCGGGCGGAGAUCAUGUGUCGCGAUGGCUAUGUGCUAGUCGGCAGUCGCACGGCCUUCUGCGACGGCGAGGAGUGGAACACCCAGUUGGGAUCCUGUCUGCGUAGCAACCACACGGGUGAUCAUUCCUGCGACUUUGAGACCGAGGAUCAGUGCGGCUGGGAGGCGGAGCAGAACUUCCGGCAGCCCUGGCGGCGCGUGAGUGCGGUUUCCGAGUUCCACUCCCUGGCCACGGGUCCCCAUCACGAUCACACCUUUGCCAGCGCAUCCGGCGGCCACUAUAUGCGCAUGGAGACCCAGCUGGGGGCCUUCGGGAGCUACCACCUGCUAUCGCCUAUCUAUUCGAAAGACCUCAGCCUGAAGACCGCCUGCUGCUUCCGGUUCCAUUACUUCAUGUUCGGCGCCGGCGUGGAUAGUCUGGUGGUGUCCGUAAAGCCCGUCUCGAUGAAAUUGACCGACAUGUGGAACAGGUUCAGGGCCAACUCGAGCAAAUUUGAGAUGACUGGUUCACAGGGAGCCCAGUGGCUGGAGCAUACUAUCACCAUUGACGAAAUGCAGGAGGACUUUCAGGUGAUCUUUACGGCCACGGAUGCGAAAGCCGUCUUUGGGGACAUUGCCAUCGACGAUGUGAAGCUUAUGACGGGCAGCGAUUGUGGGGUGGAUGGCUUUACCACCACCACCGAACCACCGGCACCACCGACGGCCAGCAGCGAAGAGCCACUGGUCUUCGACAUGCUGAAUUGCACGGGGCGCUGUGGAGCCACCGAUCCCGGUUACCAAACAACCAGAAGGGGUUACAUCCUUGGCUGUGGCUGUGACGAAGAUUGCCUCUCGAAGGGUACCUGUUGCCUCAACUAUUUCGAGGAGUGCGCCAAGGGGAUGGACACAACGACCGAAGAUGAGAUUAGUUCACCAGCACCAACGACCCCCACAACAACAACCACUAGCACCACAAAGAGGCUAGCAACAACGACCGAAAGAACAACUACCACAACAACUACAACGAAAAGGACAACGACGCCAACAACUACAACAACAACACCCAAACCAACCACAACAACACCGAAACCGACCACAACAACAAGAAAGGCAACAAGCACAAAGAGCACAACGACAACGAAGCGAACAACAACCACCAAAAAGCCAACAACAACUUCAACAACACGAAAGUCAACAACAACAAGUUCAACAACACGAAAGCCAACAACCACACCCACAACGCCCAGAACAACAACCACUAGAAAAGUUUUUACAACACAGAAAACCACAGUAACAACAAAAAAAACCACAACUACAACCAAAAAGAAUAAUUUGAUAACAACGACUCCAACGAGAACCACCCCACCAAGUUCAAGUACCCGAAAAAUCUUAGUAAUCAGCACCACUGAAAAGCCGAAGAAGCGCAUAACUUGGAAGGUUGACCCUGAGGAAAUCGCUGGGCACAUGGACACGAACGAGAGUAACCCGAAUCCAGCUUUAAUAGUCCUGUACCUUCUGGUCGGCGUAGUCCUAGUGGUAGUUUUGGCCAAUGUCGGCCAACGCUGGAUAUUACCAAUCAGUGGAUCGAGAAAUAUCAGCGAGAAGGCCGUGAGUUUCAAGAAGGCAUUCGAGAGUCUGAAGAGGCAGCCACGAAGAAGUAGCAUAAAUGAUCCAUUGUGCGACACCGAUAACGAAGACGGUGAUUAUUUCGAGGAAAUGGGCGUGGACAUACGCAAUAGAACCGAUCUAUGAGGGUGAUCUAUCUUCAUGGGGGGACAAAAAAUGUCCCAAUCUAAUUUACUUAUGUUUAUGCCUAUUGUAUAGGAAGUUAUGAAAUAUGUAUGAUAUGAAAUAAACAAAAAAA